GGAAACACGGAAGUCCGCCAUCCAGAGUUGCUGCAGGUGAGCUGAUAGGAUGCCUCGGUUCCAGGAGGUGGCAGCCGCCCAACCUUUGACCCCCGGAGGCGGUGAUCUGGUUGCUAAGCGAUACAGCAUCCUGCAGAAUCUGGGCCGAGGAAGUUUUGGUUCGGUUUUUCUGGUUCAGGAUGCCAAAGCUGCAGAUGGAGAGAAGCUGAAGGUGCUGAAGCAGAUUCCUCUGGGUGACCUUCGACCCGACGAGACGGUUAGAGCCACUCAGGAGGCCCAGCUGCUGUCUCAGCUGCACCACCCAGCGAUCCUGACCUUCUACCACAGCUUCCUGGAGAGAGACGCCUUCUGCAUAAUCACAGAGUACUGCCAGGUAACAGGAGCCAGGAGCACUCACGGGGAGAGGUUCCAGUUGUCUGGAAGACUGAAUCCCUUUGAUCCAAAACCUCACUGA